AUCCGGCCCUGAUCCGGCCGUGAAGAUUGCCAUCGGAUGUAAUUAUCAAGUAACCCGUUCUGCGCUAAGCGCUCAACUUCGACUUCGACUCCUGCUCCCAGAGUCUUGGAUCCAUUGGAUCUGAAGUGCGGGGCUCGAGAACCCUUCUCUAGAUUGACCCGGGUGUUCAUGAAAGUACCGACCGUUCUGGCUUCUCGAAUGAACACCUGCCCCUUCCGCCACUAACACACGCCGGUACCGCUAUGCAACGACCGUUUCCUCCGCGCGCUCCGAUCUCCUCGCAACCUGUCCGACGAUCAUAUCACCCAGCAGCUCCAACACAGCGGUCCCAGUGGGCGAUGUGGGUGGGCAACGUCCCAAAGGACGCAGACCAAGACGAGCUUCAUCGAUUCUUUACCCAGCCGCUGGGGGACGGUGCCGGGGCCCUCGCUCAUGGCGUCCAGUCCAUUUUCGUGCUCCCUCGCUCCAACUGCGCAUUCGUCAACUACAACUCCGAAAGCGCACUCACGAUCGCAAUUGCUAGCUUCAACGGGGUGUCACUCCGGACGUUUCCCCAACAAACCGCGGUCGUGGGAAAGCGUAAUGCGACAAAGCCGCUCAUCUGCCGUGCACGCAUGGAAGAGCACGACCUCUUCACAGGAGUCGGCGGGCAGCGGGGAGUGGGUCUGCAUUCCACUUGGGUGAAGGAGAGGAGGGCGAGGAAUCAGGCCAGCGCGACCGAGGACAACUCGGACACCAUCUCCAAUGCGUCGACCACGUCAAGUCUGCUUCAAGAGAACUUCCCACAGCGGUUCUUCAUGCUAAAGUCGUACAAACAGGAUGAUCUCGACUCGAGCGUCGAUACCGGUCUCUGGAAUGCCCAGCGACAUAACGCAGAGGUUCUCGAUCGUGCGUUUCGCACAUCUGAAGACGUGUUCCUCUUUUUCAGUGUCAACAAGAGCGGAGAGUUCUACGGGUACGCGCGGAUGACGGGACCCAUAACUCCUCGUGGAGUACCUGGCCAACGACACGAGUCUUUUCCGCACACCGCACUCGGUGCACAAUCGCCUUCCUCCCAAGAUCUCCCUCCCCCAGAAACCUUCCUCCCCCCUGCCCUGCUCGACGAGAUCGAAGCAGAGCCCGAGUUCGACUUUCCUCUGCACUGGAUGUGUGUCGACCGGAUGCGCUUCUCGCGCACAAAACAUAUCCACAAUCCGUGGAACCAGGACCGGGAGGUGAAGAUCUCGCGCGAUGGGAUGGAGAUCGAGCCUGAAGCGGGCCAGGCUGUGCUGGACAUCUGGAAAGCCCAGCGCGCAACGCUCAUCCAAGCGCCACGAGCCAGGUCUUGAUCUGUCCACAAAAAAUGUGCUCCUGAACAUGGGCUCCAAUAUAUGUCGAGCUGAGCCAUUGAUUCCGAUCUCUUAUCUCUCUUUCUCUCUCUUUCGCUAUGGAUAAACGUCAUAAGCCUUCUGUAACCAUCUCACCGAUAUGUACACUAAGUCAUCCGCUAUGACCGUACAAUGCCCAGCUACUAUGUAUGUACUUCACGAUUCUCGCAAUCUCAUUGGAGCAGUCCGCACGCAAACAGGCUGAACCAUCGAUGGUGGCGAACAGUGGAUGGAGCUCAGGUGUUCGUAGAGGAAGGCAGGGCAAGACAGUCCAGUUCUCACGGUACUUGGGUAUAAUGAAUCAAGAGACCUGAUAUGUAGAGGAGAAUACAGAGAUUGUAACUACUGAAAGACGCAAGUAGUACAAAGGAUAGAACACGGGUAUCGCAACCAUCCAGAGAUUGGGAGAAAUGCAGAUAACAAAAAAUCAGAGACAUUUACAGCUGGCGGUGGCGAUUAGGCUCGGUCAGCCACGAUUGCCAGGCCGCUAUCAACGCCGAUCCAGCACUCGGCUCGAGUUCGGUUCCGUCCCUCGAGAUUUUGACUUCAC